AUGGGCCGAGACCACUCACUCGACAUCCGACGUGUUGUCUACUCUGACGCCUCUGGUCGACAGGACCACCUAGGCGCCGCCGCUGUCGCACUCGACAACAACCAAGAGAUAGUCGAGGCGCAGCAGGUCCAAGUAGGACCGAUGAGCCGCUGGUCUGUCCACGUCGCAGAGCUUGUAGGCAUCUUCUACGCGAUCAGUGUAGUGUUCAAGAUCGCCCACCAACACUUGGGAACAGCAGACAGGCAACUGGCAGCGACGAUCCUGUGCGACAGCCGGUGA